AUGUCUAUUAAUUUACAUGAUAUCAUUAAAAAAUGGAAUACCGAAAAAUUAAUAGGAUUCUUGAGAAAUCAAGAAUUAAACCUUGAUGACGAAGAUUUUUCGUGUUUAAGAAGUCAAAAAAUUUCGGGUGAAAAACUUAUUCCUGUUCUUAAAGAUGUAAAAAAUUCGAAGUGGCUAUACUCCAGAUAUUUCUAUGCCUUUCCUUUCAACCAAUGGUCACUUGAACAUUAUGAAAAUUGGAUUCUGAAUAAUUACACAACUUCAAAAAAAGAGGAAGAUUCUAAAACUUUAGAAGAGAUAAGAGAAUUCGUAUCAAAAUUAGACAGAAAGUCAAAUUUUGUAUGUAACGAUUUUAUCGAUGAUGAAUAUACCGGAUAUGAAGCAAUGCUAGAAGGCAACAUUUCAACAUUUCUUGAUAUGAUUUUGAAUUAUUAUAAGGCAAAAUCUCUUAGAGAGUUUAGGGGAUAUAAUGAAGUAGCGUUCCAGACCGCAGUCGAAUUACUACUUCCCACAAACAUUGUAAAUGGAAACGGUUUAAAUUCAAGCAUAAUAUUGGAACUAAAGUGUAUAUCGUUGGUAGGUCUUCUGAGUGGAGAAGAAGGAAGAUGGAUUGAUAAUCCAGGUUAUAAAUCGUUAAUGGCAUUAGAUGCAAAACUUGAAAAAGAAACCGAAAAUGAACUAUUAAAAAGAAUUUAUUUUUAUUGGUGUAAAGAGAAAAAGAAAUGUGAACGAGUAAACGGAUCGGGAGUUUGUGAUGAUAAAAUUAAAAUAGAGAAAGGCGAGGGAUUUUUGGGAGGUUUUCUUUUGGUCUCGAUUGCUGUAUCAACAAAUUAA